AUGCCAAAGAAGAUUGAAAAGUAUCAAUUGGGUAAAACCCUCGGUAGAGGUACCUUCUCUAAAGUCAAAUUAGCUGUGGAUACAACAGAUAACUCUCACUGGGCGAUCAAAAUCAUUGAUAGAAAGAUGGUCAAGCAAGAAAACAUGGAGGCUCAGCUCAAGAGAGAAAUUGCCAUCAUGAAAAUCCUCAAACAUAAACACGUGGUACAAUUGAGAGAGGUUCUUCAGAGCUCUAAACAUAUUUACAUUGUAUUGGAAUUGAUUACCGGAGGUGAAUUGUUUGACAGAAUUGUUGAGGCAAAACGAUUCGACGAGAAUACAGCAAGAAAAUACUUCCAACAAUUGAUUUCGGGAAUUGCAUAUUGCCACUCUCAAGGAAUUGCUCACAGAGAUUUGAAGCCCGAAAAUUUGUUGUUGGACGCAGAAGAUAUCUUGAAAAUUAGCGACUUUGGUUUAUCUGCACUGUCUGGAACCGACGGACAAAGUAAGCUCCUCAUGACUACAUGUGGUACACCAAACUAUGUUGCUCCUGAAGUGUUGAAGGAAAAAGGAUAUGAUGGCAAGAAGGCAGAUGUUUGGUCUUGUGGUGUAAUUUUAUAUGUCAUGUUGGCUGGUUAUUUGCCAUUUGAGGAUGAAACAAUGAAGGGUCUGUUUGCCAAGAUUGAAUUAGGUAAAUUCUCAUACCCACCUCAUUUUACUCCAGCUCAAACUGAUCUCAUUAGCAAAAUGCUUGUAGUAGAUCCUGAUAAGAGAAUUACCAUUGACCAAGUCAUGGAUCACAAGUGGUUCAAGGUUGACUUUAAGAUGGACAAGACUACUUCCAAGAUUAGCUUGACUGACAAGGAAAUUGACGCCUCUGUUAAGUCUACUGCAGAUGCAACUGAGGUUCAACCUUCCACAACUCCUCAACCUACUCAAUUUAAGGCAGGUACUUUGAACGCCUUCGACUUGGCUUCCAUGUUGAUGAUGGGUUCCAUAAAUCCUCUCAUGUCCUCCGAUGCAUCCGUCAAAAUCAAGAGACAAACCAGAUUUAUGGCUAAAGGAAGCAAGUCCCAAGCACAAACAGCUAUCGUCCAUACCUUAGAUCAAUUGAAGGCCAAACCAACAACUAAGGGAGACGAUGAAAUCAAGUGUAUGGCUACUGUGAAUCAGUCUGUGAUCACCUUCAGCGUUAAGAUUGAAGAAACCAGCGGUGGAUUCUCAGUUGUCGAAGUAAGAAGAGGAAAAGGUAAUAUUCUUGACUACAACGCAUUCUAUCGUUUGCUUGUCACACAAUUAGGAGAUUUGGUUGUUUCUAAGGAAAUUACUAACAAAUAA